UCUUCAGACAUCCCACGCAUAGAAAAAUAGACUUUACAUUCCUUGUCUGCAACAUCAUCAUUUUCUUCUCUGCUUAAUCCAGUAAUCCAGUUCAUCUUGAAAGGCUUAACGGUAUUAAUUAUUGUCUCCAAUUAUCAGCGUCAUUAGCACCUCUUUUAGUCUUUUGAUUGCCAGGAAUAUACAUGGGUGGUGAGGAGAAUCAGGUACACAUCUUCUUCUUCCCCUUCAUGGCACAUGGCCACAUGAUACCAACCAUAGACAUGGCAAAGCUAUUUGCUUCUCGAGGAGUGAAAGCAACCAUUGUCACCACUCCUCUCAAUGCACCACUUGUUUCCAGAACAAUCCAGAGGUCAAAAGGUUUGGGUUUUGAUAUCAAUAUCAAAACCAUCAAGUUUCCUGCUGUUGAGGUUGGAUUGCCAGAAGGAUGCGAAAACGCAGAUUCGAUCACUUCUCAUGAGACACAGGGAGAAAUGACCAAAAAAGUUUUCAUGGCCACAACCAUGCUCCAACAACCACUUGAGAAGCUACUACAAGAAUGCCACCCUGAUUGUCUUAUUGCUGACAUGUUCCUUCCUUGGACUACUGAUGCUGCGGCCAAAUUUGGGAUUCCAAGAUUAGUAUUUCAUGGCAUCAGUUGCUUUUCUUUGUGCGCUUCAGAUUGCUUGAACAGAUAUAAGCCGUACAAGAAAGUUUCUUCUGAUUCUGAGCUGUUUGUGGUGCCUGAGCUUCCUGGUGACAUCAAGUUCACAAGCAAGCAACUGCCAGAUUAUAUGAAACAAAACGUGGAAACUGAUUUUACUAGGUUAAUUCAAAAGGUCAGAGAAUCAUCACUGAAGAGUUAUGGGAUUGUCGUCAAUAGUUUCUAUGAGCUCGAGUCGGAUUAUGCUAAUUUUUUCAAGGAGUUAGGGAGGAAGGCAUGGCACAUAGGCCCAGUUUCGCUAUGCAAUAGAGAAUUUGAAGAUAAAGCACAGAGAGGAAAGGAAGCUUCAAUUGACGAACAUGAGUGUUUGAAAUGGCUGGACUCAAAGAAGCCUAAUUCAGUUGUUUAUAUAUGCUUUGGAACUGUAGACAAGUUCAGUGAUUCUCAGCUAAAGGAGAUUGCAAUAGCUCUUGAAGCUUCAGGGCAGCAGUUUAUUUGGGUUGUCAGGAAAGACAAGAAAGCUAAGGAUAACGAGGAAUGGUUGCCUGAGGGAUUUGAGAAAAGAAUGGAAAGCAAGGGACUGAUUAUAAGAGGAUGGGCGCCACAAGUAGUGAUUCUUGAUCACGAAGCUAUAGGGGGGUUUGUGACUCAUUGUGGGUGGAAUUCGACCAUUGAAGGCAUAGCUGCCGGGAAGCCAAUGGUAACAUGGCCAGUUUCCGCAGAGCAAUUCUUUAAUGAGAAGCUGGUGACUGACGUGCUAAAAAUUGGUGUGGCUGUUGGUGUUCAACAAUGGGUUACAGUAUACGGGGAUAAAAUUGCGAGUGGAGCUGUAGAAAAGGCCGUAACUCGAAUCAUGACAGGUGAAGAAGCAAAGGAAAUGAGAAGCAGAGUUGAGGCCCUUGGAGGAAUGGCAAAGAGGGCUAUCGAAGAAGAUGGUUCAUCUUACUCUAAUUUGAAUGCUCUAAUUGAAGAAUUAAGAGGCAGGCGCCACUGAAAACAAGCAUGCUGAUAAGCCACGAAGAUCUGAGAGAGCAACAAAACCGAAUCCCAAGUAUAGUGAAGUGCAAGCGUAAGACCAGGACAAACCUGAUCCACAAAGGCUUGAUUGUAGCAGCUAAGGACGCGAGGGCUUUACCACGUCAACUAGUUAUGGGGUAGUGUUAGGCAUUAGUUUCCAUUUUGUUUCUAUUCUGUUCUAUUUUGCAGUAAAUUUAAUAAUGUAACCGUUGUAGUGGAACUUUAGAUUUCAGCUGUAUAUCCGAAUAGUGGUUGAAGUGAAGGUAUUAAUAAACGCCGGAAAGAAAUGAAAUGAUAUAAUAUAAUUUCUAUCCUAA